CAUAUUUUUCCUUUGGUGUGUGUGUGUGCCCGCCCUGCUGGGAGAUGGAUACAUUGUAGCGAGUGGAGAGGAGCGACUCUCAGGCUCUCUCUCUCUUUUGCUUCCCGUUCUGCUGCUGCUGCUGCUGCUCUCCUGGUUCCGGAGGCGACCGACCUUCCCGGGGAGGGAAGUGGGGCUGAGCCGAGCCGAGCCCAUCGCCCGCCAUGGGAGCCGAGCCCCCCCGCCUGGCCCGGCAGCUCUUCCUGCUCGGCCUGGCCGCCGUCUACGUGGCCGCCUUCGCCUCCCUCUACGUUCAGCUGCCCGGUCUCUACGGGAAGAACGGCAUCCUGCCCGCCCGGAAGAUGCUCCGCUUCACCGGCAAAGGCUUCUGGGAGCAGCUGCGGGAUUCGCCCACCCUCUUGUGGCUGGGGCCACGCCUGGGCCUGGACACGGAGCAAGGCAUGGAGCUGCUCUGCCUGCUGGGGGCGCUGCUCUCCUUCGGGGCCCUGAUCCUGGAGCCUCUGCGGGACAGCCUGGUCUUUCUGGCCCUCUGGGCCCUCUACCUCUCCCUCUAUCAGGUGGGGCAGGUGUUCCUCUAUUUCCAGUGGGACAGCCUCCUGCUGGAAACGGGCUUCUUGGCCGUGCUGGUGGCCCCCCUGCAUCUCCUGAAGCGGCGCUCGAUGGCCUGGCGGCCUCACGACGGGGUGACCUUCUGGCUGGUGCGCUGGCUGCUUUUCCGGCUGAUGUUCGCCUCCGGAGUGGUGAAGCUGACCAGCCGCUGCCCCACCUGGUGGGGGCUCACAGCGUUGACCUACCACUACGAGACGCAAUGCAUCCCCACGCCCGCUGCCUGGUUUGCCCACCAGCUCCCCGUCUGGUUCCAGAAGUUCAGCGUGGUGGCCACCUACGUGAUCGAGAUCAUCAUCCCGCCUCUCUUCUUCGCUCCACUCCGCCGCCUCCGCCUCUUUGCCUUCUACAGCCAGAUCUUCCUCCAAGCCUUGAUCAUCAUCACGGGCAACUACAACUUCUUCAACCUGCUGACGAUCGUGCUCUGCUUCUCCCUGCUGGAUGACGAGCAUGUGGGGCUGUGGCUGGGGCGCGGGCGGAAGAAGGCGGGGCCUGCCGGCCCCCCGAGGCUGAUGUCCAUCCUCUCUGUGCUGGCCGAGCUGGGCACCUACGGCCUCGGCCUCUACUGGACAGCCCUUUACUUUGGCCUGCAGAUCAACUGGGAGAAGAAGCAGUUUGAAUCCAAGACCGCGUUCACGUACCAUGAAUUCAUGCAGUGGCUGAGGAUGGUGACUCUCCCUCUGGUGGGGAUUGGAUUUUUGUCCCUGCUUUGGGAAAUCCUGCAGGCUGGAUACAGGAGCGCCUGCGCCCGAGGCUUUCUCUGGAAACUCUGGGCGGCCACUCAGUGGGCUGUCUUUACCACCGCAGCUCUUGGGAUGUUUACCAUCAGCCUGGUCCCUUUCACCUACAUCGAGUACGAGUCCAACGGGAAGCUCUGGCCGGCCGUCCACCAGCUCUUCAGCGCCGUGGACCGCUACCAGCUGGCCAAUUCCUACGGGCUCUUCCGGCGGAUGACGGGCGUCGGCGGGCGGCCGGAGGUGGUGGUGGAAGGCAGCUACGACAAGAAGACGUGGACGGAGAUUGAAUUCAUGUACAAGCCAGGCAACCUCAGUGCGCCACCCCCGGUUGUGAUCCCUCACCAGCCCCGGCUGGACUGGCAGAUGUGGUUUGCAGCCUUGGGCCACCAUACGCACAGCCCCUGGUUCACCAGCUUCGUCUAUCGCCUUCUGCAGGGCAAGGAGGAAGCCCUGAAAGGCUUCGCUUGCCCUGGUGGGGAGAUGCCCUGUGUGGCUUUUUCUAUCAUGACAAGGAGGAGCGUAACCCAUCAAAGAUUUCACCGCUAA